GCCAUCAUCAUUGCGAUAUAGUACUUACAGCGUGACAAGACAUGUCAUUACUGUUCAUGAUAUAUGAGAAAUUCCAAUGGCAGAUUCUUUCUUCGGGUUCGAUACUUCGUUCUCGAACAUAACUGAUGAUGAUUGUCCUGGAGAACCAUCUGAAGAUGAGUAUGACGCUCUCAACGAUGAGACAUUCGGCCAGGACUCUGAGGAGUUGGACUGGGAAGUGGAACACGAGACCCUCGCGCUGCAACUGGAGAGCAACAGACGAAACAACAGUGGCAUCGACGAGACAGCCAACAGUCAGCUUGAGGCGUCUUUAUCCCAGCUAGUGUUGGACGAGAGUGACUCGCCGCAAUCCCGCGCUUUCGGAGGAUCUAGCGUUUGGCGACAUGACCUGUCCUUUCCUAGUGCUCCCACUCCGGUGCCGACUCUUAAAAAUGUGUGCACGGUCGAAGAGUUGGAGCGGCAGUUACGUCAGAAGCAGAUGUCACAACCGCAGCAGAGUUUCAAUAACCAGAACUAUUUCCAGCCAAGGUUUCCACCAGUUAUCUUACAACGACCGCCGGGCCUCCAAGCGCCUGUGCCGCUACCAUUUGCCCCCCAACAGACGAUGACACAUAAUUUAAAUCAACUGAGCCAGCCUCUUAACAAUAUCAUUGGCCAGAAUAAUCAAAUUAACCAGAUGACACAACAAAACCUCAUGCAGAACCAUUUAACAUCUAAUGUAAACCAGUUGGGUCAAAAUUUGAAUCAAUUGGGACAAAAUAUUAACCAACCAAAUCAGAACGUGAAUCAGUUCAUGCAAAAUGCGAAUCAAAUGUCCAAUCAGUUUCAAAACAACCAAAUGGGACAGAACAACAUAAUAAAUCAAUUGUCACAAAAUAUGCAAAAUAUCCAUCCGCUAUCUCAGACCAAUCUGAUGCAGAGUCAGUUAGGUCAAAAUCAGAUCAGCCAGAACCAGCUGUCCCAAAAUAUGAACCAGUUGGGACAAAAUGCUAAUAUGACGCAAAAUAUUCCUCAAAUGAACCAAAAUGCCAACCAAAUGGGUCUAAGUAUGAACCAAAUAGGCCAAAGUGUUAAUCAACUGGGUCACAAUGUGAACCAUAUGAAUCAAAAUAUAGGCCAGAUAGGUCAAAAUAUGAAUCAGAUGGGACAAAAUGUAAAUCCGAUUGGACAAAAUAUAAAUCAGAUCGGACAAAAUAUAAACCCGAUUGGACAAAAUAUAAACCCGAUGGGACAAAACUUAAAUCAAAUGGGACAAAAUGUUAAUCAGAUUAAUCAAAAUGUAAACCCUAUGGGGCAAAAUGUUAACCAGAUUAAUCAAAACGUUAAUCCAAUGGGACAAAAUGUGAACCAAAUCUUGCCAAAUGGCAACCAAUUUGGAUCAGGUAUUAACCAGUUCCCUCGUAUGAUGGGACAACCCAGGAUGCUUGUACCACCACCUGGAAUAAACAUGCCCAGGCAAAAUUUUAACUCAAAUAUGGGCCAGUUUAAUUCUAAUUUUCGUGGCCCAACAAUUCAGCAACCAAAGCCAACAGAGCAGUCAUUGAAUCAAAACAUGAUUAUGAACCAACAGAUAAUCCAGCAACAACAAAUAAAAGCGCAAUCACCAUUGAACAAUAUAAAACAACAACCAAAUCAGAAUCAAAAAACGCAAAAUCAAAAUCAAUUGUUGAAUCAGAAUCAAUUGCUGAGUCAAAAUCAAUUGCAGAAUCAGAAUCAAUUGCAGAAUCAAAACCAAUUGCAGAGCCAGAAUCAAUUGCAGAGUCAUAAUCAAAUACUUACUCAGAAUCAUUUACAAAAUCAAAAUCAAUUGCAAAACCAUAAUCAAUUACUGAGUCAAAAUCAAUUACAGGGUCCGAACCAAUUGCUUAAUCAAAAACAAUUGCUUCAGAAUCAGAAUCAACUGCAGGGUCAGAAUCAGUUGCAGAGUCAGAAUCAAAAUCAGUUGCAGAAUCAGAAUCAACUACAAAAUCAGAAUUCAAAAUUGCCACAGAAGGUGGAUUCAAAAGUGCAGAAAAGUCGGGCGUAUACAUCAAAUAAUGCUAAGAAUCAAUCUCAGAAUUUAACAUCUCAGAAUUUGGUGCAGUUGAUUCAGAGCACACAUCCGAUGUUGCAAUAUAACAACAGUUACCACAACGCUAGUCACCAUCCUAUUUUGAACAACAGAAACCUGUUUGGUAAUCAAUUUAUGAAUAAUCAUCCGCUUUUUAAUAAUCAAAGAAAUAAUGGAUCAUACAGCAAUAAUAGGCAUAUGAACGGUGAUGACUUGAGCGACGACGAGUAUGCUGGCCUUAUGACGCAGAGAGAGAAGCAGUGGCUUAUCAACAUCCAAAUGCUGCAGCUGAACACGGGCACACCGUACAUACACGACUUUUAUUAUACCGUAUUUCUCGAGAGGCAGGCAAGCAAGGAAAAGGAGAGUGAGGCGCACAAAGCUAAUCAGCAGAACCAUCCCUUCUACAGUGGUGGUGUGAAGCAAGAGAGUCACACGCACAGCCGCGAGCGUCACAACUCGCUGCGACACAACUCCUGCAGCGAGGAGCCCACGCCGCGCGCCUACGUCCCCGCACAGUUCGAGAACUCGCUCGGGAAGCUACAGUGCGGCAGCGUGACGGCGCCGCGCAAGAUCAUCGACGUGGAGGUGGUCGCGGCGGAGGCGGCCGCCUCCUCGCGCGCGCCCUCCCGCGCCUCCACGCUCAACCUUACGCACAACCCCGCAGAGGUACCACGAGAAUUGAAGAGGACGAAACAAUUAUUGCUGGACAUUGAAUCUUUAUACUUAAUACUGCUCAGAUUAGAAGAACUGAACGAUCCUUUGGCGAUUUCUAACGCGCUCAUAAUGAAGGAAAGGGAAGAGAAGCAGAAGCAGUUAGAAGCAGCACAGAAAGAAGCUGAGAACGAACAAGAAGAGGACACGAAUGUGUUCCUCAGGAACAUUGAAUCUGUACAACGGAGGCCCAAACAAGACAGUCCGAAGAGUGAGAGUAUUGAUAAAAGACAGGUGGUGAAUUUAGCUGUGAAUCAAAAACCGACUCCUGUGAAGAACCUGUUGGACGAGGACAAAGAAGAGCUGGUGAAUAAGAUGUUCGCAGGAUUACUGCACGGCGACAGGCUGGCUCAGAUGCUUACCGUUCGAAAGGGCAGGGCGCUGGUCCGUAGGUUCGUGUCCCGCGUGUGGGAGCACCCGCGCGCGCGGCUGCUGUGGGCGCGGCUGCUGCGCGCGCUGCCGGCCGCCGCCAGGCGCUCCGACGCCGGCCUCGCCUCGCUGGCGGCGCACUACCGCAGAUACAUGCAAAACCAGACCGGCUGGUCGGCCGUACUGGAAUCGAGCAGUUUGCUGUCAGAAGCGCUGGACCCGGCGAGGACACCGUACGCACUCACUACCGCCUUUACUCUGAGCUGUGUGUGCGCUCUCGUAGAGAAUGCAUCCAGCCUCGUCAACACCCCGGACGCGACGUCACAAGAACGCCAAUGGUAUAAAUUCCUCAAAACAGUAGCCAGGGCCCUGAAGAACACAACACUCACCGUUGCAAAACCGGUAAAUCCCCUGCCGGAGACAAAACUUCUGCAUCACUUGAGGCAGCUCGAUUCUAGAAGUACCAUAGAGAUCUUGCAGCGGGGGAAAACCGCGGCGGAGUACGCGGAACUGACGAAGAACGAUAUUUCCGAACAGUUGGUCAAACAUCUGUGUUGAUAACUACUUCUUGCAGGCCACUUGUACAGUGGUUGUUUUGACUAGCCAACUAGUUGGCCAUUUGUAUGUUGGGCGUAAUAUCCCCAUACUUGGUAAGUAUUCACCAGAUUGGUUGUGGCUAUGGUCAAACAUUGACCUUUGGAUAUUGACGUAAACUAGCCAAUAUAAGCAUCAUUUUAUUAUAUUUGACGGUUCCUGCUUGACAUUGGUUGUAUAUUUGACAAACAAUUGUCCAGUCGACAUCUAUAUUUGUAAACACCGGUGUUGCAAUAUAAUUUGUAUGAAGUAUAAAUUUCGCCUUAGUUAUAAUCGAUUGAAUAAUUUGAUUCCAAUAAUCGAUUGAUUAUUUGUUAUAUAAUUUUAUUUCAAUUUCCUCCGUGGCUGAUUUACUCUGAUCUGAGUAUGAUUGUACAUUCAAUUUGAUUAUUGUAUUUGUAGAUAUGACUUGGCCUAGGCGUAGUUUGGUCAAACGGUUGAACAAAUGUUGGGGGUUUGGCUACUUUUUAUUGACUGAUAAAUCAAAACAAAAACUAUUAGGUAGCAAUCGUGGAAAUGUGUAUAAAUCGAAUUCUGUUUUUAAAUAUGUCAAAUUUCGCCAUCUUAAUUGAAUCUAUAAAUGUUUUAUUAUAUUAUUAAUUGUCGUUAUAGAUUUAUAUGUCAGCCUCGAGAAUCGAGAUAUAUAAUUGUAAAAUUAUUAAAUUAUAUUAAGCUGAUAAAUUGGAAAGCUAGGACGCCAUUUUGUUUAUGUUCUCAUCUCAUGAAAUGGCGCGACCUAAAGCAGCCUAUAUUUAUUAUAUACGUAUUCGUAUUUCUUUUUCAAGAAUAUAACGAUGGUGGGGAAAUUAGGCGUUGUUCACUACACAAUGUAUAAUUACUGGUUAUGUAUAAAGCGUAGUUCUCGAUGUAUAUUGUAUGUAUAUUUUAUUAAUUACGAAUCGAACUGAGCAAUCGACUGGCAAAUAAAUAUUGAUAAAGUAAAUUUUUAAAAUCCUUUUUUUUAACCCUUCCCUCAUUGUUAAUCCAAAUUCGUAGAUAAUAAAGACGAGUAUUUGUUAAAAGUCGAAAAUUAUUAUGAAAUGGCACUUCUGAACUUAUAAUGCAUUUAUAAAAAAAUAUAUAUAGACGAAAAAUUAUAAAAAAAUGUUGUAGAUAUAUAUUUGUAUUUUAAAAUAAUUGGUAAGUGUGUUGUUUCUUAUUAAAUCACAAUUAUUAAAUUUAAGACUGGAAAAAUUUAUCCAGAACAUUCUAGCACUUUCGUGGUACAUAAUUUGAAUAUAUUUAUUUUUUAGAAAUGCACCUUAAGCUUCUUAAUCAUUAUAUUUACAUAAAAAAAUUCUGCGUACAGACGCCAUUUUGAGAAAUGAGUGUUAAUGCAAAAUGGCGGAAGGGGUAAGGUACAGUAAUGUUUUUGAUAUGUCAAAAUAGUCGAUUGCUCAUUUCAUUGUCAUUCUGAUAUUAUUUUAGCAUAGAAUGACUAAACUAAUUUUGCUUUUAGUAAUUAGUACUAUUCCACAUAUAUCAUUAAACAUAGAAGGUUCCAAUAGCGACAGUUUAUAGACAGACUAUGGAAACAACUGAAU